AAUAGGUGGACGCGCUCUCGUUGCCGCUCUAUGACGCUCCGCCCCGACUCGCUGGUCCCAGAAGGCGUCGGGUUUCCCAAGAUGGCGGCCGACGUGUCCGUUACUCACCGGCCCCCGCUGAGUCCGGAGGCUGGGGCCGAGGUUGAAGCCGACGAUGCCGCGGAGCGCCGAGCGCCCGAAGAAGAACUGCCGCCGCUAGAUCCAGAGGAGAUCAGGAAACGCUUGGAACACACCGAGCGCCAGUUCCGUAACCGCCGCAAGAUACUGAUCCGGGGCCUCCCGGGGGACGUGACCAACCAGGAAGUGCACGACCUGCUCAGCGACUAUGAGCUCAAGUACUGUUUUGUGGACAAAUACAAAGGGACAGCCUUCGUGACCCUGCUGAACGGGGAGCAGGCUGAGGCCGCCAUCAGCACCUUUCACCAGAGCCACCUGCGGGAGCGCGAGCUGUCGGUGCAGCUGCAGCCCACAGAUGCCCUGCUCUGCGUGGCCAACCUGCCCCCCAGCCUCACGCAGCAGCAGUUCGAGGAGCUGGUACGGCCCUUCGGCAGCCUGGAGCGCUGCUUCCUGGUCUACAGUGAGCGCACUGGCCACUCCAAGGGUUAUGGCUUCGCUGAGUACAUGAAGAAGGACUCAGCUGCCCGCGCCAAGUCGGACCUGUUGGGCAAGCCGCUGGGCCAACGCACCCUCUAUGUGCACUGGACAGAUGCGGGGCAGCUGACGCCCGCCCUGCUCCACUCCCGCUGCCUCUGUGUCGACCGUCUGCCGCCCGGCUUCAGUGAUGUGGAUGCCCUGUGCCGGGCGCUGUCAGCUGUCCACACACCCACCUUCUGCCAGCUGGCGUACGGCCAGGACGGGCAGCUGAAGGGCUUCGCUGUGCUGGAGUACGAGACGGCCGAGAUGGCUGAAGAGGCACAGCAGCGGGCAAAUGGCCUGGCCCUGGGGGGUAGCCACCUGCGUGUCUCCUUCUGCGCCCCCGGGCCCCCUGGUCGCAGCAUGCUGGCUGCGCUCAUCGCCGCCCAGGCCACGGUGAGGCCCUCAAUCGGGGGCAAAGGCCUCCUGCCUGAACCCAACAUCCUGCAGCUGCUCAACAACCUGGGGCCCUCUGCUUCUCUACAGCUUUUGCUCAACCCCCUGCUCCACAGCAAUGUGGGGGGCAAGCAGGGUCUCCUGGGUGCCCCCCCGGCCAUGCCACUGCUCACUGGGCCUGCCCUGUCCACGGCUCUACUGCAGCUGGCCCUGCAGACCCAGGGUCAGAAGAAGCCUGGGAUCCUGGGAGACUCUCCCCUCGGCACCCUCCAGCCUGGGGCUCAGCCAGCUAACCCCCUCCUUGGGGAGCUAUCUGCAGGGGGGGGCCUGCCGCCGGAGCUGCCACCUCGGCGAGGGAAGCCACCACCCUUGCUGCCGCCACUGCUUGGCCCCUCUGGGAGUGACCGGGAAACCAUGGGCCUGGGUCCCCCAGCAGCCCAGCUCACUCCACCCCCUUCCUCUGUUGGGCUCCUAGGCACUGGCCUCAGAGGCCUCCAGAAAGACAGUGGGCCUCUGCCAACACCCCCCGGGGUCUCACUGCUGGGGGAGCCCCCCAAGGACUUCCGGAUCCCCCUGAACCCGUACCUGAACCUACACAGCCUGCUCCCAGCCAGCAACCUGGCGGCCCCUGGAGGUGGUGGCAGCAGCAAAGCCUUCCAGCUCAAGUCUCGCUUGCUCAGCCCUCUCACCAGUGCCCGCCUGCCCCCUGAACCAGGGCUUCCUGACAGCUAUGGCUUCGACUACCCCUCCGACGUGGGACCUCGGCGGCUCUUCUCCCACCCACGGGAGCCAGCCCUUGGGCCUCAUGGACCCAGCCGACACAAAAUGUCUCCCCCACCCAGUGGCUUUGGCGAACGGAGUGGUGGGGGCAGUGGGGGACCCCUCUCUCACUUUUAUUCGGGCUCGCCCACUUCCUACUUCACCAGCGGUCUGCAGGCUGGCCUCAAGCAGAGCCACCUUAAUAAGGCGGUCAGUUCGUCCCCACUGAGCUCUGGAGAAGGGCUCUUGGGUCUCGGCCCUGGGCCCAACGGCCACAGCCACCUGCUGAAGACCCCACUAGGUGGCCAGAAACGCAGCUUUGCCCACCUGCUGCCCUCGCCGGAGCCCAGCCCAGAAGGUGGCUACGUGGGCCAGCACUCCCAGGGCCUUGGCGGCCACUAUGCAGAUUCCUACCUGAAGCGCAAGAGGAUUUUCUAAGGGUCCAGUGCCAGAGAUGCUCCAGAGCCUGCACCAAAUCGCUUUUGGGUUUUCUGGUGUUUUUGUAUUUUUUCUUUUUUUUUCCGGUAAUAGAAAAAUCUCUGAAAGACUUUGCUGACUGACCCAGCCAGAGCCCAAGGAGUAUGGGGGAGUCUAGGGGCCACUCUGCGUCUCUGGCCUGUUCCCGGCAUGGAAACCCUGUAGCCUUAAGAGGGAGAGAGCAGGCCGGGGCCCCUCUCUCCCCUUCCCUGUGUUCAACUACAUCUGCCUCUCUGGGAGUCCUCUCCUGCCUUGUCACUCCUGUAUCUGGCCUUUUGAGUGCCUUGGAGGUUUCCCUGUCCUCCCGUGAGGAUCAGAGACUGUCCCCUUUUUUUAAACUUUGACAAUUGACUUUGUUUCCUUUUCUAAUUUUUAUUAUUUUUUUAAACAAUCCAGGAUGAUCCCCAGCUCUUAAUUCCUGCAAGAUCCAGCAUGUCUGGGUCUUCAUUCCACACUUUUCGGCUCAGCCCUUUUCUCUCCCAUGUCUGCCACAGGCAUGGCUGUCUCCUGCCCCUGCCUGCCCACUAUGACCUGUGCUCCAGCUCUGGAUCCAUGCUCCCUGCCACAGUUCCCUCCGCCUUCUCAUGCCUUAAAGCUGGGCCCCAGGCCCGCUGGUCAGAGCCUCUGUGACGCUGAGCUCCAGAAGCUUGACUCAGGACCAAACGGCUCUGGCCUGGGGAUUGUGUUGGCAAACCAACCCUACCAUCCCUUCUUGCCAGGCCUAAACUAAGUGCCGAGACCGCUUUCUCUGCCAUCUUAAAACCAGUCCUGCUGUCCACCUGUGGAAGUAGGGCACUGUGCAUCUCACUGAGCCUCUGCUCACUCUCCCCAUGUUGAAAAUGAGCUCCUCCUCUUUAUCCCCAGGCCAGAACACCUGGAGCCGGCCUCCCUUUGGCCCAGUGGGGAAUCCACCUCCAUGCAGAUAAGCUCUGACCCUGCCCACCAGCAGGACCUGUUAUGCCUGAAGUCACCCUGAGCCCUGCCCCUGGCCGGCUGGGCUACCAGCUUCCCUCUCUUCUAUGUGUCCACAUCCACUUUGGGGGGCGGGGCGGCCUCUCCCCAAUUCUCACAGACCUUUGCUGAAUUAAAAUUUGUAAGUAAAAUUUUAAAGAAA